CCACUUGUCGAAGGAAGGCGCUCUGCAGACUCGGCCACUCUCGAGCACAUGUGCUCUUCGGGCUCCCACGUGUCCAACGCGACUUCCUGCCCAGCGGUUCCACAAUGCGCGCCUCCUGCCUCGCCUGGCGCGGAACCCAAAACAAUGCGUUUCAGGAGCAAAGAGCCCGAGGUCAGGAGAAAGCGCAUUUCCAGUCUCGAAUGGUUCAAGACUGGCAAAUUUGCAGGUGGUUGAUGGCAAGCUGCCACGUACAUUGUCGGUUGGCACCGGAUCACGGGGUACAGUACCAAUCAUGUCCUCCAGACUCCGAUCGAGUGCCUCCAUUGCGCAGCAUUCUGUGAUUUCUGUUGCCCCUGCAAUGGGCAUCGUAUCGACGAUUUCCGAGUCAAUUGCUGAGGAGAGAUCCUGUAUUGGGCACGUUGCCAACGAUCAGGACACGCAAAGACGCUUCAGCCCAGGUUUGAGGGCGAAAUAUGACGUCAGGGCCUCUGCCGCCUCUCUUGCCGACUGGAGUCCCAGGUUCGAGGGCAUCGAGGCUGGGCCAGUUGGGCGUUGUCCUCUAUCCCGUUUCAUGUGGGAUGCAGGCACAGGAGGGACACGCACUCCAUUGGCAUUAUGAGCUACAAGACAGCAUGCUAUGGUUCAAUUGAUGGAGCUUUCCAAGAAGGUCCAGAGAUGGGAAGAGCUCACAGCAAUCUGGGGUCCUUCAACUUGAAAGUUGCACUCACCAGACUGCAUGACCUUGAGUUGUCAUUGUCAGAGAGCCCUUUACGCUGCCCUUGGAAAUAUGUGGAUUCUACUCUCUACUAGUAUGCAAUCUUAUGUAUGGUGCUACAGUAAUGAAAC